AUGGCCAACGCCGGCGGCGGCGGAGCGGGGGGGCGCGGAGGUUCCGCGCGCGGGGGGUCCGCGCUGGCGCAGGAGCUGCUGCUGUACGUGUGCAGCGCGGGGAUCAGCGCGCUCGUGCUGAUGUUCACGUUCCGCCAGCUGGACCCCAACCGCGCGCAGGCGAAGCUCGCCAAGCAGCGGAAAAGGGAGAUCGCCAAGAGACUGGGUCGCCCGUACAUCGAGACCAACACUUAUGAGGACGUGAUAGCCAACGAUGUCAUCAACCCACAGGACAUCCACGUCACCUUUGAAUCCAUAGGCGGCCUACAGCACGUGAAGGCGUCUUUGCACGACCUCGUCAUUCUGCCUCUCCAGCGACCAGAACUCUUUGCCCAAGGGCGAUUGCUGCGACCACAGAAGGGUGUGCUGCUGUUCGGCCCGCCAGGCACGGGCAAGACGCUGCUGGCAAAGGCGAUUGCCAAGGAGUGCAGAGCGGUGUUUAUCAAUGUCAGAAUCGCCAACCUUAUGAGCAAAUGGUUCGGGGAUGCGCAGAAGCUAGUCACAGCGGUGUUCACACUAGCGCACAAGCUGCAGCCGGCCAUUAUUUUCAUUGACGAGGUGGAGUCCUUCCUGGGGCAGCGGCGAAACACGGAGCAUGAGGCGGUUACCAGCAUGAAGACCGAGUUCAUGUCCCUGUGGGAUGGUUUCAGUACCGACGACACGGCGAGAGUAAUGGUGCUAGCAGCUACUAAUCGCCCCUGGGAGCUGGACGAGGCCAUUCUCAGGCGUCUGCCUCGCCAUUUCGAGAUUCCCCUGCCGGAUUUGGCCGGGCGCACCAGCAUUCUGGAAGUGAUCCUGCGGGACGAGGACGUGGAUGAGGACUUGGACUUGCAGGAAGUCGCGUCUCUAUGUGCCGGGUACAGCGGGUCGGACCUCACAGAGCUGUGCAAGCAGGCGGCAUACCUGCCCUUACACGACUUUCUGGAGGACGAGCGAAGAGCGCUGCAGGGGAAGGGGAAGGAGCCCACGUCCCAGCGCCCCCUUGCCCGGGCAGACUUCCUCCGCGUGCUCAGCGAGUCCCGCCCGUCCCGAGACGCCGCCUUUGACUAUCUGCGCAAGCGCAGCAACAGCAGCGCCAGCCUGCCACACCUGGGGGAAGACCCUACAGCUGCCUCUGCCAACUUCCCAGCAUACCCGUACCAAAAUGGAGGGGCGCACACGCCGCCUGCUAGUCAGUUCGGUGUUCCCUCUCCCCCCAUGGCUGCUGCGGGGCAGCAGGCGGAUUUGAUCCGGCUGCUGUUUCAAGCAGCAGUGGCGUCGGCUCUGCAACCACAAGGGAUGCAACCACAAGUGUCACAGCCGCAGACCAUGCAGCAGAGUGUGCAGCAGCAAGGGGUGCCCCAGCAGGCCUUGCAACCACGUGAAGGGGAGUUGGGCUCCGGAAACAGUGCUCCUGCCGGUGCUGGUUCCGCUGAUGCUGCUGGUGCUGCUGUUGGUGUUGGUGGUGGCGACGCGAACGGCAGUGAUGUUUCUGGUGAUAGUGGAAGGUAG